AUGCAUGGGACCAUGAUUACAAUUGAUUUUUUUCUUAAAUUGGUUACAUUGCCAUAUACUGUGACCAAGACGGUGUUGCAGUACUAUACGGUGGGCACACCAUAUUCACGUACUAAUCAGGAGUUCCGCAACUCGUUGUGGAAGAAUGUGUUGUUAUCGGUGCAGUACCAUGUUUCGGGGAACUACAAGAAGGAGAAUAUUAAAGCGGUUAUCUACCAGCCGAUUGACAAGGUGAUUGCCAAGUUCAAGACCCAUCCAUUGGCAUCGGGGUUGGCGCAUUUUGGGGAAAAGUUUGAUGAGUAUAGUUAUUGGAUCCACAAGGCAGAUACCCAGGGCAAGGUGUUGAUCUAUAUCCAUGGCGGAGGGUACUUGUUGAACAUGUUUGAGUCGCAGUUUGUUUUUGUUUCGGCGUUGCACUAUGCGUUGGAUGACCAUGCGGCGGAGAACACGUCGAUUUUGGUGGUUGACUAUUCGUUGACCAUGUUUGAUAAUGUUUAUCCGACACAGUUGUAUGAGCAUUUGGUUACGUAUAACAAUUUGGUGGCCCAAGGGUAUAAGGAUAUUUUGUUGUUAGGGGAUUCAGCAGGGGCACAUAUGUCGUUGUCGUUGGCCAGAGCCAUAGCAUAUCCGGAAGAGGCCAAGCAGCAGUUGCAGCAGUAUAACGUGCUGCUUGAUUUGCCACAGCCACAGGCAUUGAUAUUGGUAUCGCCGUGGGUGCAGCCAUGCACCACCCCGAAACUUCCGCCACGACACGGGUGCGAUGUGUGGGGCGAUCUAGGUGCACAAGACACGUCCAUGGGAGAGUUGUAUGCUGGGGAUAACGAUAAACUGUUUAUUAAUAAUUUUUUGACAUUUACCAAUACCAAUUGGGACGAGCACUGGAAGGAGGUUGAGGCGUUGAACGGUAACACGUUGAUGAUUGUGGGAGAGAGAGAGGUUUUGAGAGAUGGGGUCGAUGAUUUUUACAACAUUAUUAAAGGUGGCGUCGAAUACUAUACUGAGCCUGGUGGUAUACAUGCAGGGCUAGUCUAUGUUGAGUGCUUGGACUAUAUUAGCAAACAAGGGGCCGAAAGAGCAAUCAAGGGAGAUUUCAAAGACAAGUUUGCAUAUAAUUUAGUAGCAAAGUUUAUUAAUGAGCGAGUAUAG